GUUCAUAUCCAGAAGCGGGCGAGACACCACAACAGGCAACGUCAAGCUCAAGAUCGUGGCGUGACAAGUUAGAGCCCGUCAAGUCAACAUGGAGCGCCAACGGGAACACAGGGAAGAAAUUAACCUCAGCGGCGACAGUGACGAGGAUGACAAUGUUCCUGAUGUUGCUACAUGCCAGAAACUGGUGGAACAGUUUGCUGAGCUCACCAACACUGAUGAGGCAUGUGCUCAGUUUUAUUUGCAAGACCGCCAGUGGGACCUUGAGCGUGCAGUCAAUGCAUUUUUUGAGGCCAAGACUGGUGGAAUCAAGGUCCUGCAGGAUGGUGAUGAACCUGAAGUUGUGGUCACCUUUGACUCAAAGUUGGUGUCAGUGUUGGAGGAGGGAGUCAUGACAGAAGAAGCACCUAAGAAGUUUUGUUUCAUGACUUGGAACAUUGAUGGGCUGGAUGAGAAAAACUUGAAGAAGAGGACCAAGGCUGUGGCCACAAUAAUUGAUAGGGAGAAAGCAGAUAUUGUGUUUUUACAAGAGGCCAUACCAAACACAUUCACAUACCUGGAGCAGCUUCUGCCUCAGUUCCUCUUCAUUGCUGGUGGUGUAGACAACUACUUCACCCUCACACUUCUUCGUCGCACUACAGUUCAUUUUGAUGACCAGACCUUGGAACCUUUUGCUAACACCAGCAUGGGCCGGAACCUUUUGUGUGUGGAGGCCCACAUUGGGGACUUGAAGCUCCACCUACUCAAUUCUCAUCUGGAGAGCACUGCAGAGUUCACCAGAGAGAGAGUGGAACAACUCAAACUAGCAUUUACUAAGAUGAAGGGAGCUCCCCCUGGGGUGACAACACUCUUUGGUGGAGACCUGAACUUGCGAGACAAAGAGGUUGUCCAGGCAGGUCUGCCCCAGGGAGUGGUGGAUCUGUGGGAGGCCUGUGGACAGCGACCUGAGUGCAGGUAUACUUGGGACACUACACGCAAUACCAAUAGAGAGUUCCCUGGGAGGUUCAAGCCACGACUGAGAUUUGAUCGAGUGUACCUGCAUGCACCCUCCUGCAGCACUCCAACAGCUGUGCCCCUCCACUUUGGACUGGUGGGGCUGCAGAGGGUCACCAAUACACAGAGCUUCCCCUCUGACCACUGGGGCAUUGUUGUCCACUUUGAGAUUGGAAAGAAGGGCUCAGGAGGCAUUGGGGUUGUCCCUUCCACGAAUGGGCCAUCCACCAGCAGUCAGGCAAACUCCUUGAAGAGGAAAAGAUAAUUUUAUUCAAAGACUCAAAAUAUUUCUAAAAAUACCUACACACUGCUGGCAAAGAAAUUAUGUAAUACUUUUGGAGGUUGCCUGAGGUCAGCACUCCAGUGGACUACUUCAUAAGAUGUUGCCCCUAACUAUACUUUAAGAUUGUUAAUAGUUUUAUUAUCUUUUUGAUUCAUGUAUGUUUUUUAUAUUAUAAUAAGUAUAUGUGACGUUUUCCACGUAAUACUUUAAAUCCCGGCCAAAACAGUGGUUUGUGUAACACUACUGUGUGAUACAUUAUUAAAUACAUUAUGUAUUUAAUAAGGGCAACUCUGUUAUUAAGAAAAUGUUGCUUCUGUACACUUAUUACUGUUUAAAUACAUAUUACAUUAGGGUUAUUUUCACUAAUAAAUACCUUCCAGUAUUUGCUUAUAAAUUGUACAAUACUGUAAGUUUUUGUAUUUUAGUAACCUCAAUAAAGACUAUUUAGUGUUAA